AUGAAAGUACUAAUCGUAGUAGCUUGCUUGGCAGCACUCGCUUGCGCCAACGAGCAAGCAUGGAAUAGUUUCAAAGCAGGAAAGCAAUACAAAUCUCUCAUUGAAGAGCGUCUUCGUCAACAAAUUUUUUUGAACAAUGUUCAAAAGAUUGAAGAACACAACGCCAAGUAUGAACAAGGAUUGGUUACUUACAAAAUGGCAAUUAAUCAAUUUGCUGACUUAACUGAAAAAGAAUUUUUGGCUUUCUUGAAACUUAGCGGUCCAGCUAAAAAACCUAAAGCCACCGAAGUCUUUAACGCCACCAAGGCAGCACCAUCCUCCAUUGAUUGGAGGUCAUCUGGCGCCGUUACUCCAGUAAAAGACCAAGGCAGCUGCGGAUCUUGCUGGUCAUUCUCUGCUACUGGUUCAUUGGAAGGUCAAAACAAAAUCCUCAAUGGAAAACUUGUGUCUCUCUCUGAGCAAAACUUGGUUGACUGUUCAUCAUCCUACGGAAACUACGGAUGCAACGGCGGUUUGAUGGUAUCAGCUUUUCAAUACGUUAGGGACCACGGAAUCGAAAGCGAAUCCAGCUACCCAUACACUGGUCGCGAUGGAAGUUGCAAAUUUGUCUCCAGCAAAUCUGUCCUUAAGAUCAAAGGAUACACUGAAAUCUCCCAGGGUAAUGAAAAUCAACUUAUUAAUGCCCUCGGUACGAUUGGUCCAAUAUCUGUCGCCAUUGAUGCCACCAGCAACCUCCAAUUCUACAGCUCUGGAAUCUUCACUGAUAGCAGUUGCUCUCCAUAUUCUUUGAAUCACGGUGUCUUGGCUGUCGGUUAUGGAUCUAACUACAUUAUCGUUAAAAACUCCUGGGGAACCAGUUGGGGAGAAUCUGGCUAUGUCAGAUUCAAGCGUGGAUCUAACUUGUGCGGUAUUGCUACUAUGGCUAGCUAUCCAAGAUUAAUAUUUGGAAUGGGUGCUAUCAGUAAAGAUUCCAGAGCUGUAGAAUUGAAGGUUGCUGGUGGCAUCAAUGGCGACAGAGAUUGGACCAAUCGAACCGAGAGCAUUAAUAAGUUGAGUUUCAUUAUCUUCAAUUUUAGUUUCAGAAAAAUGAAAGUACUAAUCGUAGUAGCUUGCUUGGCAGCACUCGCUUGCGCCAACGAGCAGGCAUGGAAUAGUUUCAAAGCUGGAAAGCAAUACAAAUCUCUCAUUGAAGAACGUCUUCGUCAACAAAUUUUUUUGAACAAUGUUCAAAAGAUUGAAGAACACAACGCCAAAUAUGAACAAGGAUUGGUUACUUACAAAAUGGCAAUUAAUCAAUUUGCUGACUUAACUGAAAAAGAAUUUUUGGCUUUCUUGAAACUUAGCGGUCCAGCUAAUAAACCUAAAGCCACCGAAGUCUUUAACGCCACCAAGGCCGCACCAUCCUCCAUUGAUUGGAGGUCAUCUGGCGCCGUUACUCCAGUAAAAGACCAAGGCAGCUGCGGAUCUUGCUGGUCAUUCUCUGCUACUGGUUCUUUGGAAGGUCAAAACAAAAUCCUCAAUGGAAAACUAGUGUCUCUCUCUGAACAAAACUUGGUUGACUGUUCAUCAUCCUACGGAAACAACGGAUGCAACGGCGGUUUGAUGGUAUCCGCUUUUGAAUACGUUAGGGACCACGGAAUCGAAAGCGAAUCUAGCUACCCAUACACUGGUCGCGAAGGAAGUUGCAAAUUUGUCUCCAGCAAAUCUGUCCUUAAGAUCAAAGGAUACACUGAAAUCUCCCAGGGUAAUGAAAAUCAACUUAUUAAUGCCCUCGGUACGAUUGGUCCAAUCUCUGUCGCCAUUGAUGCCACCAGCAAUCUCCAAUUCUACAGCUCUGGAAUCUUCACUGACAGCAGUUGUUCCCCAUAUUCUUUGAAUCACGGUGUCUUGGCUGUCGGUUAUGGAUCUAACUACAUUAUCGUUAAAAACUCCUGGGGAACCAGCUGGGGAGAAUCUGGUUAUGUCAGAUUCCAUCGUGGAUCUAACUUGUGCGGAAUUGCUACCAUGGCUAGCUACCCAAGAUUCAAGAACACCGUGAUUCAAAGAAUAUUUGGAACAGGUGCUAUCAGUAAAUAUUCCAGAGCUGUAGAAUUGAAGGUUGUUGGUGGCAUCAAUGGCGACAGAGAUUGGACCAAUCGAACCGAGGCAGAGAAUGACCAGCAAGAUCCGCAGCUGCCUUGGUCUUUUACAGGUGUAACGGCUCCAGUUGAUCUCCAAUCAAUGGAGGAUGGGGCGGCUUUGGUGAAUUUAAUAAACAACAAUAAUAAUAAAUAUACUUACUUAUUUCUUGUCUUACAUGUAUACAAUUAUAAAUUAAUAUUUAGUUUCAGAAAUAUGAAAGUACUGAUCGUAGUAGCCUGUUUGGCAGCACUCGCCUGCGCCAACGAAGAGGCGUGGAACAAUUUCAAAGCUGGAAAGCAAUACAAAUCUAUAAUCGAAGAGCGUCUCCGCUACCAAAUUUUCUUGAACAAUGUCCAAAUGAUUGAAGAACACAAUGCCAAAUAUGAACAGGGAUUGGUUACUUUCAAAAAAGCAGUAAAUCAAUUUGCUGACUAUACUGCAGAAGAAUUCAAGGCUUUCUUGAAACUUAGCGGUUCAGCUAAGAAAGUUAAGUCCACAGAAGUCUUCAAACCCACUAAAUCCGCCCCAUCCUCUAUCGACUGGAGAGCAACUGGCGCCGUUACACCAGUAAAAGACCAAGGCAGCUGUGGAUCUUGCUGGUCAUUCUCUGCUACUGGUGCUUUGGAAGGACAAAACCAAAUCCAAAACGGAAAACUCGUUUCCCUCUCCGAACAAAACUUGGUUGACUGUUCCAGUUCCUAUGGAAACUACGGAUGUAACGGUGGUUUGAUGGUAGCCGCUUUCGAAUAUGUCAGAGAUCACGGAAUCGAGAGUGAAGCUGCUUACCCAUACACCGGUCGUGACGGCUCUUGCAAGUAUGACUCCAGCAAGUCAGUCCUUACUGUUAGCGGAUACACCGAAAUCUCCGAAGGUGAUGAAGACGAUCUUGUUGAAGCCAUUGGUACCGUUGGUCCGAUUGCUGUAGCCAUUGAUGCCACCAACGAACUCCAAUUCUACAGCUCUGGAAUCUUUACUGAUAAUACCUGCUCCGAAUAUGCUUUGAACCACGGUGUUCUUGCUGUUGGUUACGGAUCUGACAACAUUAUCGUCAAAAACUCUUGGGGAACCAGUUGGGGAGAAUCUGGCUAUGUCAGAUUCAAGCGUGGAUCUAACUUGUGCGGUAUUGCUUCCAUGGCUAGCUACCCAAGAUUGUAAUUUAAAAUCAUUUUAAAUAAAACUGCAAUAUAGAAAUAA